AUAAUCAUAGAAGCUUUUGAAUCUAGGGAAGAUACUCUAUCAACUUUACACGUGAAUUAACAGUUGGAUGUGUCCAAUCUCCUUCCGUCUCAAUUGAAGUCGCUUCGCGUCAAUAAUUCCACACCAGAAGAAUAUGCGGCGCCACCAUCACAGGAGGCGGCGCUUCUCAUCCGAUUCCGAUAUCGACUUCGGAGAAGACGAGGACGACAAUGAGGAUGACGAUGAAGAAGAAGUGGAGGAAGGAUCCGCUGCUGUGCGGCGGCGGAGGAGGAUGAAGUGCCUGUCUUGCAAGGAGGAGUACGGCGAUCGUGCCGCCGGUACAUGCCGAGAGUGCUACGAGGAGGCAGGCGAGACGGAGGAGGAGCUUAAGCGCGAGAUCGACGAACUCAAGUCGAAAGUGAACUUCCUGCGCCUACUAUCCGUCGGGCCUGGGCCAGUUAAUUGCGUUACCAGGCCCAAUACGCCUUGCUUCACUGACGUCGUUUUGGUGGCAUCUGGCUCGACGGAUUCCGCUGAUUCGUCCUGCAAUUCACCUUCUAUCCCGGCUCACCGGGCUAUAUUGACAAGUCGUUCUCCCGUUUUCAGGGCCAUGCUUGAAAAUGAAAUGGAGGAGAGCAUCAGUGGAACCAUCAGGAUCAGUGAUGUAUCAUAUGACGCCCUUCGUGCGUUUGUUAACUAUUUGUACACAGCUGAGGCAUGCCUUGAUGAACAAAUGGCCUGUGAUCUCUUAAUUUUGGCUGAAAAGUACCAAGUGAAGCAUCUGAAGACCUACUGUGAAAAGUAUCUCAUGUCCAGAUUGAACUGGGAAAACUCACUCCCAUAUUAUGCUUUUGCUUACCAGCACGGUGCAAAGAGUUUAAUCGAUGCAGCAUUAUCAUUGAUCAUGGACAAUAUGGACAAGCUCAGUAAGCAAGAAGAGUACAUGGAACUUGUGGAAAAAGAUCCCCGCGUGGUGGUAGAAAUUUAUGAAGCUUAUCUGUCAAAACAAGUGAAUACUGCUGCAAGUAAAGAUUCAAUCACGAAAGUGUAGGAUUGAAUCAUAAGGCAUUCCCCCAGUCCAGGUUACAAGGAACUUGUAGAGUUGAUGGGCAGUUGGGAUAAUGACUGGUAUAGACAUCUUUAGCGUGUAUUUGAGUUGAAGGGAAAAUGGUGAUUCUCCACCUGAUAAGACAUCUUUAGCAUGUAUUGGAUUUGAAGCGAGAAGGGUGAUGCUGCACCUGAUAAGUUACGUCGAUGCUUUAUUCUCCAAAAUUUUGUUAUUUACUUCCAUUAACGAGCCCUGUUUUACCUUAUAUUUCCUCGGUCACUGAUGCUGUUCUGUUUUUCCUUUUUACCUUGUCGAUGCUGUGAUUUUGAUUUUAUGUCAAUAGCAUAAACUUAGGAUCCUAUUUACAGGGUAGGUAGCCUGAAUUCCUGCAUCCUUGAGUAGUUCCAAUCCUUAAAUUUUGCUUGGUUGAGUCAUUGUCCAUGAGAUUAACAUUAGCGUGAGUUUCUAAACUAUUUUUAUUAUAUGAAAUUGAUGAGGCUGAUUUAGAGUA